AGAACUAAUGGCUGAAGAAUAAAUCAACAUGGCAACUAUGGUUCCACCAGUGAAACUGAAAUGGCUCGAACACCUGAACAGUUCCUGGAUUACAGAAGACAGUGAAUCUAUUGCUACAAGAGAGGGAGCUGCCAUCCCAUAUUCUAAACUAGUCAGCAAUAAGGAAGUAGUACCUUUGCCCCAACAAGUUUUAUGUCUCAAAGGACCACAGUUGCCAGACUUUGAACGUGAAUCUCUUUCAAGUGACGAACGGGACCAUUAUUUGGAUGCACUUCUUAGCAGCCAGCUAGCACUAGCAGAGAUGGUUUGUUCAGAUUCUCCAUUUGCUGUGGCGCUGCGAAAACGCCUGCUUGUACUCCAGCGUGUUUUCUAUGCACUUUCUAAUAAAUACCAGGACAAAGGAAAAGUGAAACAGCGCGGCAUUCUCUGGAGAGCAGCUCUGGUGCAGCAGCUGUCCAUUCUGUGAGUGGACGUCCUCGGUCAG